UCCGCGGGAGGCGUCCUGUUUAGCGGCUUGGUGGCUCCCAGUUCUCGCUGACUGCGCGCCCGCGUCUGGGCUCCUUUGCAGAGGACUCGGUAGCUGCAGCUCCCGGAGCACAGCGGGCAGAGCUGCGGACUGCGCGCUCCCCUGCUGCCCCGGGCCUCCAGCGGUGGCUCCCGCGCCCCGCGGCGACUUCCGCUCCCGCGCUUCCCUUUGUUCAAGUCCCCGAGCGGCUGUGGGGUCCGACCCCGCGCCCUGGGCGACUGAGGCGCCCGCAGUCCGCGCCCUGGCGCCCUGGAGCCCUGGCGAUGCCGGACCAGAUCCCUGUGUCGGAAUACGUGGCCGAGACCCUUGAGGACUACAUGGCGCCCACGGCCUCUAGCUUCACCACGCGCACCGCCCAGUGCCAGAACUCCGUGGCGGCCGUCGAGGAGGAUGCAGUGACUUAUGAUGAUGUGCAUGUGAACUUCACUGGGGAAGAGUGGAAUUUCCUGGAUCCUUCCCAGAAGAGUCUCUACAAAGAUGUGAUGCUGGAGACCUACUGGAACCUCACUGUUAUAGGCUACACUUGGGAAAACCAUCAUAUUGAAAGACAUUGUCAAAGUUCAAGAAGAAAUGAAAGGUCUAUGAGGAACAAAAAGUCAAACAGUGUGAAUGCAGUGUGGAAACCUUUCAUCUGUUACUCUUCUAUUAAUAUAUAUAUAUCAUGUGUCACAAUUGAUGAAAGCCAUGUGAGCAUAGGGAUAUUGAAAGAAGCAAUGUACCGCUUUCUAUCCCAGAACUGUGAGAAAAUUGUCAGAUUCUAUCAAUGUAGUAAACAUAUCACAUGUGCCAAUUUUCAUUGCAGGUAUGUAAGUAAUCAUAGUGGAGAGAAACUCUAUGAAUGUAAUGAACGUUCUAAAGCUUUUUCAUGUCCUAGUCAUCUCCAAAGUCAUAAAAGAAGACAAAUUAGAGAGAAAACACAUGAACAUAACCAAUGUGGUAAAGCCUUUCCAACACCAAGUCAUCUUCAAUAUCAUAAAAGAACCUAUACUGGAGAGAAACCUUAUGAAUGUCAUCAAUGUGGUCAAGCCUUUAAAAAAUGCAGUCAUCUCCAAGGUCAUAAAAGAACACGUACUGGAGAGAAAUCUUAUGAAUGUAAUCAAUGUGGUAAAGACUUUGCACAACUCAAAAGUUUAAAUCGUCAUAAAAGAACACAUACUGGAGAGAAACCCUAUGAAUGUCAUCAAUGUGGUAAAGCCUUUGCACAACUCAGUAGUUUAAAUAGUCAUAAAAGAACACAUACUGGGGAGAAACCCUAUAAAUGUAAUCAAUGUAGUAAAGCCUUUACAGGUCACAAUGUUCUCCAAUCUCAUAAAAGAACACAUACUGGAGAGAAACCUUAUGAAUGUCAUCAAUGUGGUCAAGCCUUGAAAAAAUGCAGUCAUCUCCAAUGCCAUAAAGGAACACAUACUGGAGAGAAACCAUAUGAAUUUAAUCAACGUAGUAAAGCUUUUUCAAGUCACCUUGGUCUCCAAUAUCAUAAAAUAACACAUGCUGGAGAGAAACCCUAUGAAUGUAUUCAAUGUGGUAAAGCUUUUACAAGUCACAGUGGUCUCCAAUAUCAUAAAAGAACACAUACUGGAGAGAAACCCUAUGAAUGUAUUCAAUGUGGUAAAGCUUUUACAAAUCACAGUGGUCUCCAACGUCAUAAAAGAACACAUACUGGAGAGAAACCCUAUGAAUGUAAUCAUUGUGGUAAAGCCUUCUCACAAUACAUUUAUCUCCAAUGUCAUAAAAGAACACAUACUGGAGAGAAACCCUAUGAAUGUAAUCAAUGUGGUAAAGCCUUUGUACAACUCAGUAGUCUCCAAAGUCAUAAAAGAACACAUACUGGAGAGAAACCCUAUGAAUGUAAUCAAUGUGGUAAAGCCUUUGCACGACUCAGUAGUCUCCAACGUCAUAAAAGAACACAUACUGGAGAGAAACCCUAUGAAUGUAAUCAAUGUGGUAAAGCCUUUGCACAACUCAGUAGUCUCCAAAGUCAUAAAAGAACACAUACUGGAGAGAAACCCUAUGAAUGUAAUCAAUGUGGUAAAGCCUUUGCACGACUCAGUAGUCUCCAACGUCAUAAAAGAACACAUACUGGAGAGAAACCCUAUGAAUGUAAUCAAUGUGGUAAAGCCUUUGCACAACUCAGUAGUCUCCAAAGUCAUAAAAGAACACAUACUGGAAAGAAACCCUAUGAAUGUAUUCAAUGUGGUAAAGCUUUU